CAGCCGGACUCCACCUACAGUUGUGAUUCUCCUGGAGACUGCUGAGCCCACGCUGGCCCAGAGCUUCACGGAGAGACUUUGGAGAGCAUCUAAGAGACACCAAGACGAGAUCUGGCAUUUUGUGCCCAUCCCUGGGAAGCAGAGAUGCCCUCUGUCCAGAAGGUGUGCCAGCACUGACGUCAAUAUGCUUCUGCCAAGGCAUCUAUUUUUGGGGUUCCUCUGUUUCCUUUCUGUUGAUGCCGAGGAACCCCAUUCUGAAGGAUUUUCGUCCACCUCGCUGCUGGACUUUCCCUUAUCCCAGCUGAGGGGGUUGGAUUCUGCUGACCAUGAAGGCGAGGGGUACCAGGAGCCGGAUCCCAUGCAGGAGUUUCUCCACUCACAUCAAGGUUCGGGCUUCUCCAGUCAGGAGACAGAAGAGACCUCAAUAUUGCAGUCUGCUCAGUUUUUUGAGGAUGAUGAGGAAGGACACCUGAAUAGAAGCAGUGAAGGCCACGCGGAGGUCCAGACAGAUAACCCAACUCAUGCCACCAGCUACGAAACCAUCCAGGAAGAAACUAGAAACAGAAGCAGUCACACUAAUGAAAAUCCAGACGCUCCUACGUCUUUGUGGCCUAUAGACUCAGGAGAGGUACCGAGGCAAGUGUCCCCUGAUACCAGGACCAUAGCAGAGAAGGGAACUAUGCAGCCAACAACUCUGAAGGAUGAGAUAUCGCCAACUCCAGAACACGAGUGGACAAUAUCCACGCUCAUAUCUGCUGCUCCCAUACAGCCAACGACCAAAUCAUCUAGGAAGUCCAAGAAACAUUCAGCGUCCAGGAACCACCACGUCAACCGCGAAGUCUUGCCCCAGCCAGAACAUCAUGUGGUUUCCCAAGGUGCGAAUCCUCAUGUAGGGCACAGGGCUGAGGGUGAUGGAAGCAUGGUACCCCAAGAUGAAGAAGAAGAAAAGAUGAAUCCUCCGAUGCAGUCCACACUACAGGACAAGGGCAACGCACAAAGAGAUGUUCCUACGGUGGUACCAUUGGGCUCAGAGCAGGUGAUUUGCAACGACUGGAUUAAUCUGGCUGGAAAAAAUUACGUUAUUCUGAACAUGUUGGAUGACAUUGAUUGUGAACAGUUUAGGUGGCAGAACGGGCAGCAGCUGCUGUCACUUCUGGAAAAAGCUCUGUCUUGGAAGGCAGAGACCCCCCAAAAAGACUGGGUGAUAUCCCUGAGCAAGCCCAACGAGAAUGACAAUCAUCUGCUAAUGACCAUCACAGAGGAGCAACGUGUAGUCCCUAUUAAAGACGUCUUCACUGCCUUGGAGGACAUAGAAAGGAGUCUCACAGAGAUCGGCAUUCAAAGUUAUUCCACCACAGUCGUCUGUGAACCAGACCCGGACCUCCCCCGGAGUGAUUACGGCAAACUCUUCAUCGUUUUGGUCAUCAUUGGAUCCAUAUGUGUGAUGAUCAUAAUAGCUGGAAACAUCUAUAUCUGCUGGCAGAGGCGCUUGCCCAAACUCAAGAACAUGAAGGAGCUGCACUUUGUUGAAAAUGGUUGCCACGAUAACCCAACGCUGGAUGUCGCGAUGGACGCCCAGUCGGAGAUGCAAGAAAAGAAGCCAAGCGUGAAUGGUGGCACGUCUCACCGGGUCGAUGGCUGGCAGACCCUCAUCAACAGUAGCGGCAAGGAAGAGGCUGAAGUGAUUGAGGAAGAUACCCACCUGUAGAGACCGAGCCAGCGGCUCACCAGAGUUUGUAGAUCGCAUUCGGCACCUUAAAUUCAUAGAUUUUCAGUUUGCGAGCACCACAUGCUGCUUUGUUAAUAUACCCACCAGAAUGAAUGCCAAGAACAUUCUACGCCAGCGGAUUAACUA